GAGACUCUGAAGAUGAUACUGUCUUCCAUACGGAAAUAACACAUCCCAUCUUUAAAUAUCUCUAAGCUUACGAGGCUCUCUUUGCUGCUGGCCCUUUGGAAAGAGACAAUCCUAGGAGCUGACGGUCUAAAGAUGGGCGUCCAUCUUCCCUUCUGGUUUCUACUUUCUUUCCUGUGCUAUUCACUGGCCAGUGAGGAGCUUCAACUGUUAAACGACUUGUUUUCGAACUACGACAAAAAUGCUCGUCCCGCCAAAUCCAUCCAUGACAUCAUCCAAGUUCGUCUGAAACUCACACUGACCAACCUCAUCUCCCUGAAUGAGAAAGAGGAGACUAUGACAACCAAUGUGUGGCUCCAGCUGGAAUGGGAUGACUACCGCCUCACGUGGAAUGAGUCAGACUAUGGCGGGGUAGCAGUCUUACGGGUUUCACCUGACAAUGUCUGGUUGCCGGACAUCGUUUUGGAAAACAACGUUGAUGGCCAAUUUGAAGUGGCGUAUUACGCCAACACCCUGAUACAUAGCAACGGCUACAUUUCUUGGCUCCCGCCGGCCAUCUUCAGGAGUGCGUGCCCUGUGGUGGUCACCUACUUCCCUUUUGAUUGGCAGAACUGCACACUGGUGUUCAGAUCAAAAACAUACAAUGCGAAAGAAGUCACUCUUCUUUUGGCUUUUGGCGAGAGCGGGGAGCUGUUGGAGCGGGUGGACAUUGACCCUGAGGCUUUCACAGAAAACGGUGAAUGGGCAAUAAAGCACUGCCCUGCGUGGAAGUAUGUGAACCAUCGCUUUACGGAGGACGACCUUCAGUAUCAAGAGAUUAAUUUUGGGCUUGUUAUUCAAAGGAAGCCUCUUUUCUACAUUGUCAACAUCAUCGUACCCUGUGUCCUCAUCUCCUCCCUGGUAGUGUUGGUCUAUUUCCUGCCAGCCAAAGCCGGUGGCCAGAAAUGUACCACCUCUAUCUCGGUUCUCCUUGCUCAGGUUGUGUUCCUGUUCCUGAUUGCUCAGAAGGUUCCCGAAACAUCUCUAAGUGUCCCACUUAUUGGAAAAUAUCUGAUAUUUGUGAUGAUCGUCUCAACGCUUAUUGUGCUCAGUUGUGUCAUCGUUCUGAACGUGUCUCUGAGGACUCCCAGCACGCACAACUUGACGGCCACCAUCAAACGGAGGCUCCUGGAGGUCUUACCUCGAUACCUCCACAUGAAGGUCGAGCCAUGCGAGGAAGAAGAGGCGACACCAAAAGAGAGGAGGAAGAGCUCUCUGGGGAUCAUGCUGAAGGCCGAGGAGUACGUGCUGAAGAAACCCCGGAGUGAACUGAUGUUUGAAAGGCAGAGGGAGCGACACGGGCUGAGCCGGGACUCCCGGGGCCACAGAGGUGAAGAGGAGGGCGAGCCCAAAGGCAAAAAGGGGCAGUGGAGGUGGCGGAUAGUUGAUGGAUUUGAUGUCGGGGUGACUACUCCCCUAUUUAAGAAUCUCGCCCACUGUGCCCCGGAGAUAAAGGAGUGUGUGGAGGCCUGCAACUUCAUUACCUCCAGCACAAAGGACCAGAAUAAGACCAGUGCGGAAAUGGAAAACUGGGUCAUGAUCGGGAAAGUUAUAGAUGUCUUGUGUUUCUGGGGAGCACUUCCCCUCUUCGUGGUGGGCACCCUCGCCAUCUUCUUCAUGGGGCACUUCAACAACGCGCCAGACCACCCCUUUAAAGGCGGCGGACGCCAGUUUCCCCUGUGUACAACUUCUAGUUAACCAGGUAUUCUGCCGCGUGGGCGUCGCUGGUAGAACAUCGAAGACGGAAAUUCUGGACCGUUCCAAAAGACGUGGGUCAUACCAAUUACCAAAAAGCCAAGAAACAUGUUGUGGAAAACCGCACAAAAAUAUUUUAUUGUAAAUUAUUAUUUUAAUUUUGCAAGAAAAAUAUCAGCUUAAUAUUAUUCACCGAUGGACACUUCUGACAACCCGGCUGACAGUUUUUCUCCGUUGAGUUGACAUUGAUGGAGUUUUUUCCUGGUGAAGACUCGAAGAACCGCCAAGAUUUUCUGAAAUGGCCUGACCAAAGCGCGGCAGAGCUACGUUCCGAUUCCAGGUCUGGGUUCCCAGGAUCUAAUAUGACGGAUCUUCCCGGACAGUGUGUGGCGACGCGCACCCGUGUACAAGAAGAGACGGACCGCGUGCUAUAGAGUCAGUUUUGUAUUUCUGAAACUUGAGUUGUCUCUGGUAAAGUAAAUAAAAUCUUUAUUAAAGUGAAUGUCUGAGCAAAAAAAAUAAACAUUUUACACAUUUA